CCACUCAACGAUCUAUACAAAGAGAUCUCGCUUUUCGGAAAAAUUGCAGUUGCUUGUAUAGAAAUGGUACCGAAUUGGCUUUACAAGCAAAUUUUUCCGCGUAACAAUUGGAUGUAUCCAUCAGAAAAACGGAUCUGCAUUAUACUGAAUCAUUUGACUCAACAUGGAUUGUUGGGCAAAGAAACUGAAAAGUUUUCGCCUCUGACUCCCUUUCAACUACCAAAAUUGUGUGGAAAUACAAUAUCCGAAUAUUUUUGGAAUAUUGGUGAAAAGCAAACACGUUCUUGUAGAGAGUUGGCAAAAGAAUUCUCUAGUUCCGAACUUCCUGAUGUCCCGUCCGAGAAAACAUGGAAAUUUAGGUCUGGGUGGACACGUUAUGAAAAAGGUAAACAACCCGAAUCUGUAGAAUUUCCCGAAGACGACAUUUUAUGUUUUGAUGUAGAAACUUUACUCGAUGACAGUGAUUACACGUUAAUAGCAUGUGCUGCUUCGUCAAAAGCGUGGUAUACUUGGAUUUCGCCACGACUUACUAAAUAUGGUGAAGCGGCUAACGGCGAAUAUGAGAUUAUGAAAACCUGCGAGAUAGUUGAUGAAAAAUAUAAGUUAAAACGUAAAGUGCAAGACGGGAAGAUCGUAAUCAAAAAAUGUGGUAUGGGUUGCUUGAUUCCUAUGGGAAAUAUAGGUAGAGACCGGCUCGUAGUUGGCCAUAAUGUUGGUUUUGAUCGUGCACAAAUAAGAGAAUAUCAUUACGACAGACCUUGUCAUAGUUAUAUAGAUAACAUGUCCUUACUUGUAGCAGUAAAUGGACUUUGCACUCAACAUCGCUCUUUUUGGAUCAAAUAUAAUAGGCCUACUAAAGAAGAAGAUAAGGAUUAUACGGAACGACUUAAGGAUUUUCUAUCUAUUUAUGAUGCUAGUUCGAUAAACAACCUUCGAAAUAUCUACAGAUUUUAUUGUCAAGGAGAAUUAGACAAAUGUUCGAAAAAUUAUUUUGUUAGACCCGAGGUUUUUCAAAGACUUGUAGCUUAUUGUGCUGAUGGUGUGUUCGCAACGCAUCAAGUGCUUAAAAAACUAUUUCUAUUUCCACGAUUUCUAAAAAUUUAUCCACACCCUAUAUCAUUUGCCGGUAUAAUUAGUAUGAGAAAUAAGUUCAUGACAACACCAAAGGAUUGGGAUCAUUAUAUUGAAAAAAUAAAAUUGAUGCGUCAAGAAAAGAGUAAAUCCAUUGAAAAAAACUUACAGGAGCCCGCAUUGAUAACGGUAAAAUUGCAUGGUGAUGAUCCACAACCAAUAAUUGAUAGUCCGUGGUUAAGGCAGUUAGAUUGGUCAAUACCACCACGAGUUAAAAAGCUUAAAGGAUACCAACAAUGGUAUCGGAAUAUUUACAAUACCAAGACGAGAGGUCUAAAAAUCAUAUCAAGACCCAGAACUUCGUCCUUUUCAUUAAGACUGAAAUGUCAAGGCUUUCCAUUAUACUAUUCUAAAAAACACAGGAGGAUAUACCGAACACAGAAAAGUAACGAGGAAUACCGGACAAAAGCAAAACCUUUCAAAUUUGAUGGAUCUACAGAGAAAAAAAUCUCUUCUAAUAGAUCACCUACGAAUGAAUCACAAGAAGAUGCGUUUAAAGACGUACAAAAUAAAAUGGAUGAUAAUAAAGAUGCAUUUGUAGUUGGGCAAUCUCGAAAUUAUCCUUCGCGAUUAUCAAAAUAUUUGGAAUUAUCGGAAAAGGGGGCAUUACAUUUAUUAACUGAGAAUGACUUCAAUGUUAUUUUGCAUUGUUUAUUCGCACCAUAUUGGAAACCCAAGAACGUUUUAUACUUGCUGAAUCGAAUAUAUAAUGAUAUCAAGGAGAACGGGUUGCGCUUGAAUAAAUAUACAUAUGAAACAAUAUUAAAUUUAUAUGUCAUCACGGGAAAUGUUUCCAAAGCAGAAUUCAUAUUUUCUGAAAUAAUCAAAGAAAAUCUUAUUCCAACGCGUAAAACGUAUAACAUAUUGCUUCAUAUGUAUGCACGCGUUGGAAAGAUUCAAAGAUGUUUAGAAUUGGUUCAAGAGAUGAAAAUGAACUUGAUUCUGCCGAAUUUGACAACUUACAACACACACAUUUUGUCAUAUGUACGUAAUCUCAACGUUACCGGUGCGCAUUUUAUAUUGCAAGAAAUGGAACGACAAGGCGUAAAGCCAGACGUUAUCACAUUCAAUGUCAUGAUCAAUGGUUUUUUAAAUUUUCAUGAUUUCAAAGGUGCAAAACAAUGUCUUGAUAUUAUGCUUGGUAUGGGAAUAGCUCCAAAUAUCAUUACAUUUAACACUAUAAUGUCAGGUUAUUUGGAUGUUGGAGAUUUCCGAUCAGUAGAAGAUAUCUAUGACAAAAUACUCGAACUGAAAAUACAACCUGGUUUGGAUACUUACCAUAUUUUAGCGACAGCCUUCGCGCGAAUGGGAAAAACAGAGCAAGUGUUAUUAAUAAUUGAUCAAAUAAUUGCUAACGGUUGGCAUGUUCUGAGGACGUAUAACAUACUAAUUAACAUGUACGUCAAAAUGAAUGACUUAGGGAUGGCUUAUAAGGUAUACGAUCGUCUAUUGUCGUCGGGUCUUCAACCGAACGUUGUGACAUUUAAUACUUUCAUCACUGGCCACAUAAACCAGCGAAAUUUGGAUGAAGCGUUGAAAUGUUAUGAUGAAAUGUUAAAACGGGGGAUUUCACCGAACGUGAAUGUUUUUAAUAACCUUUUGAGAGGUUAUUUGCACGUUUAUGGGAUGCCAUCCUCAAGAAAAAUAUUUGAACAAAUGGCCGAACAUCAUUUGGUUCCCGAUCAAGUUACUUACAAUAUUAUUAUGCAAUAUAUCUGUGAACAAGAUGAUGUUGAAAUUUUCGAAAAAGCAAUCGAGCAAUACAUCGAGAUGCUUGGAAAUGGUCUUCACCCUUCAAAUCGGACUUUCAAUAUAUUAUUAAAUCUUGCAACUAAGAAAGAUAAUAGAUUUUAUUCUCAUAAGUAUCUUGAAAAAUCAGAACAAAUACAGGACUGCGACAAAUCAGCUGUUGAACUAGUUUUGACAGAUAUGAUGUCGAAAUACGUUGUUUUGGAUGUCGUUACUUAUUCAAUAUUGAUGAAAGGAUUCGUUCAUUAUCAGCACAUGCAAGGUGCAGAAGAAUUGUUUCGUAAAAUGCAAGAAAACGGAGUCCGUCCAAACCAAUAUAUCUUUGACAUUAUGAUCGAUGGGUAUGCAAAAAUUCCAGAUAUGAGUAAAGCGCAGCGAGCGAUAACGAAAAUGUUAAAUUCAGGAUUCCAAAAGAAUAUUAAAGUUUAUAACUCGAUGAUAAAUGGAUACGCAGCAGCAGGUGAUAUUGACGCAGCGCAUAAAGAAUUUGAAGAAAUGAAAAAUACGGGACAUACGCCAGACAAAAUUAGUUACACAUCUUUGGUUGAUAUGUUUGCCAACAAUAAAGACGUGAAACAUGCACAACAAGCAUUCGACUUCAUGCGUGCGCAAGGAAUACAGGUCGAUUUAAUAAGUUUUACGGCACUAAUGAAAGCUUACGCAAAAGUUGGCAAUGUGAAAGGCGCAUAUUCAGUUUUCGAAGCAAUGGUUGACGCAGGUUACAAGCCAGAUUCGGUGGCAACCUUAACUUUACUUAGUGCACGUAAGAAUAUAUAA